CAAAAAAUUCACGACUCCCGAACUCAGAAGACUUGCUGUGCAGCCCGCCCCAACGCCAACUUCGAUCAAUCCAUCCACCACGACAGCCAACCACCAGCAAUCAUGUCUGACGCCGGCGUUGAAGUUCAGGCCUACGAGGUCCUCCCCAAGGAGGUUGCCGCUGAGGUUGGCAGCAUCAAGCUCUUCAACCGCUGGAGCUACGAUGAUGUCGAGAUCCGGGAUAUCUCCUUGACCGACUACAUCCAGAUCCGGGCUCCCGUCUACCUCCCUCACUCUGCCGGUCGCUAUGCCGCCAAGCGUUUCCGCAAGGCCAACUGCCCCAUCAUUGAGCGUCUCACCAACUCCCUCAUGAUGCACGGCCGCAACAACGGCAAGAAGAUGAUGGCCGUCCGCAUCGUCGCCCAUGCCUUCGAGAUCAUCCACCUGAUGACCGACCAGAACCCCAUCCAGAUUGCCGUUGACGCCAUUGUCAACUGCGGUCCCCGCGAAGACAGCACCCGUAUCGGCUCGGCUGGUACCGUCCGCAGACAGGCCGUCGAUGUCUCUCCCCUCCGCCGCGUCAACCAGGCCAUCUCUCUCCUCACCACUGGUGCCCGCGAGGCCUCUUUCCGCAACGUCAAGUCGAUUGCUGAGUGCCUUGCUGAGGAGCUCAUCAACGCCGCCAAGGGUUCCAGCAACUCUUAUGCCAUCAAGAAGAAGGAUGAGUUGGAGCGUGUCGCCAAGAGCAACCGGUAAAUGGUGUCUCUGGUGGAAGGCAUGUGGUUCGGCGUGGAACGGAUUUUACGACUUGUUUUGCAGGGAUGCAUUUGUCCAUUACGGUCUGGGAUGGCUGCACGGCACUCUUGUUAAACAGGCACAAAUAGGGGUCUCUCAUAAAAAGGGAGCAAAUCGUCAAUUUCCGAAAGGCGUCAUCGGUGUCAAAAAUACCAUGCCACAUGUGCACAUGUCUUUUCUUGUGUGUGUGGCCUCCUCUACAUCUCUUUGUAUUUUUCUGUCUUUUUUUACCAUAGAGAUGGGGGGCUAUAAUCUGUGUCUCAGUGAUUGGAGACCGUUUCCCCAUAAAUCUACGAAAAAGCAAAGAACCUCC